AUGAACUACAUUAAGGAGGAUGAAAAGGACAAGUGCGUGGAGGGACAGGGACUGAAGCUAUUCUACCUCAAGUCGAGCAAGGAAAAAGAAUACGAGUUGCAUAUGGAUGUUUGUCAAGCCAUUGUAGAAGAUUGCCCUACGUUGGAAGUGUACGUGGUUAGUCGAAAGGACGGAAACAAUGAAAGCGGAAUAUUUGAAUUUUAUGAAAAUGGCCAACUUAUAAAAAAAUUUACGAACUGCAACGUCUCCACGGUCACGUCCUUUAUUAGGAAAUACAUUCAAAGGGGAGGCUCCCCCACGGAGGCUACCCAAAGUGGUGAACACAACUCCACAGACAAAUCAGACACGGUCAAAAAGAUAGAGCAUUUGAUAGGGAGCAACAAAAUCAUCCUCUUCAUGAAGGGAAGCAAAAAUUUUCCGCAGUGUAAAUUUAGUGACGCAGUUGUGUUCAUGUUAAAUGGUUGUAAAAUUAAGUACACCACCUAUGAUAUUUUACAAGAUGAGGAUGUACGUAAUGAGUUGAAAAUUUAUUCUAAUUGGCCAACUUAUCCGCAACUCUACAUCAAUACGGAGUUGAUUGGUGGCCACGAUAUCAUUAAGAGCAUGUACGAUAGUGGCGAGCUGCGGGACGUGGUGCCGGGGGACUGCUUCGAGGGUUCUCAUCUUCAGAUGAUCAUGACUCCACGGAAAGGGAAUUCCCUCUGUUUUUUGUCCAACCGGUGA